CAUCGCCAUUUUCGACCAGUUGUGUGUGGAAGGCUGUGAGGGGAGGGUUAGCUGCCGGCCCUCUGAGUGCGUGUUGUGUUUCUUGUUGUAUGGCCACUGGAACCCGCCCUAGUGAUCUCUUAUAGCAUCCUACUCGCUAAAUAAUCGAACACCAUGGCCGGGCAGUCCAUCAACGACAGACUGACGGCAGCACGCUACAGUCUAGCCGGACAGGGGCUAGCCAAGUCUGUCUGUAAGGCGACGACAGAGGAAGUAAUUGGUCCCAAGAAGAAACACUUAGACUAUCUCCUUCACUGCACCAAUGAGCCCAACGUGUCCAUCCCUCAGCUAGCCAACCUCCUCAUCGAGCGGGCACAGAUGCAGUCGUGGGUCAUAGUCUUUAAGGCGCUAAUAACCGUACAUCACCUAAUGUGUUACGGCAAUGAGAGAUUUACACAGUACUUAGCUUCUAGCAAUUGCAACUUCAACCUGGGUGCAUUCUUAGACAAGACAGGAGUGGCAGGUCAAAGUCAUCCCCAGUUAAGUUAUGACAUGUCAACAUUUAUUCGGCGGUAUGCCAAAUAUAUCAACGAAAAAGCCAUUUCAUACAGGAGUGUGGCUUUUGAUUUCUGCAAAGUUAAGCGUGGCAAGGAGGAUGGAACAUUACGGACAAUGCCAACAGACCAGUUGCUGAAGACCUUGCCAGUGUUGCAGGCCCAGGUUGAUGCUCUUCUAGACUUUGACUGUACUGCUAAUGAGUUGACAAACGGUGUCAUCAACUCUGGUUUUAUGCUUCUUUUUCGAGAUCUGAUUCGUCUAUUUGCCUGCUAUAAUGAUGGUAUCAUCAAUCUUUUGGAGAAGUACUUUGAGAUGAAUAAGAAGCAGGCUAGAGAUGCUUUAGAUUGUUAUAAGAAAUUCCUUAUACGAAUGGAUCGUGUAGCAGAAUUCCUCAAAGUUGCUGAGAGUGUAGGCAUAGACAAAGGUGAUAUCCCCGACCUCACCAAGGGCUCCAAAAAUGGCUGUGGAUCACAAGGGGCCUCGGCUCCAAGCAGUCUCCUGGAUGCCCUGGAAGCUCACCUGGCCUCCUUGGAGGGAAAGAAACCACCGGCCUCCUCUGCUGCCACCAACUCCAGUAAAGUGAACAUCAAGAGUGCUGUGUCAGCUCUCAACUCGACUAGUGUUUCCUUUGGUACGGCAAGCAGCAAUGGACGUAUUGGAGAGACUGUUGCCACCAACAAUGGAACUAAUGUAGAUGAACUCACUAAGAGGGCAGCAUUAGCUGAGGAAGAGGCCAUGUAUGAGAAGCUACGGCAAGGGAGCUGGGUUCCUGGUGUGGUGGGAGCUCAAGGCACUUCUAACAUAAAGAGUGAUCAUGCUAAAAACAACCCAUUCCUGAGUUCCCCAACCAGUGAAUCGGCUCCGGUCCCAAUCACAAACAAUGGUGAUUCUGCUCAGAUCAUUGACCUGUUUGGGGCUUCUCAAACUGAUUCUGGGACAGCAACACAGGGUAGUAAAGCAUCAGAUGACCUGCUUCAGUUAGGAAAUCCAUUUGCCGAUAUGAUGGCCCCACCUGCUGCUGCCAGUGCCGCUGCUGCUGCUCCGACACAGCCCUAUGCCAAUGGUAUCUCUCAGAGUGUCUCUCAAAUCUCCACAUCCAUUGGUUUUGUUUCUGAUAAUACGUUUGAUGCUGUAUUUGGCAACAAUAGUACAUCCCAGAGCACAGUUGUGAGCGGUACCUUCGGCUGGCCAGCUGCAGUGGUAGGAGGUGGCACCGACUUCGACGUCAAUCCUUUCGCCGACUUUGGCGUGUCAGGCACCCCUACUCCUUCCCUUCCCCCUCAGGGUGGUGUUAGCGCUCAGGACACCACCAGUACCAUUACCACUGGCGCAGCUGACCUGUUGGGUGGCUUGGAUUCCCUGGCAGAUGUUGGCAGCAGUGGAGUGCCUUCCCAGGCACCCACCAUGCCACCCGCUCAGUCCCAAGCCUUUGAUGGAUUUGGGGACAUUCUGAAACCAGAGGGAAGUAUGGGUGGUGUUCCAGCAGCAGCUGUUGUGGGUGUCCCAACCUCGGCACCUUCCUCACAGCCUGGAAAGCUCAUCAGCAGUGACUUAGACAUGUCCUUAUCUUCUCUGGUCGACAACCUCAACAUUAAGGGCCCAACAGCACAAAAAGGUCAGUGGAACUCUCCAAAGACUCAAAGCAAGACAGGUGGAGCUGGUUGGACUCCAGUUGUUCCAACGUCUUCUACGGGAGGAUUUCGUUCCCCAAUGCCUGGCCAACCUCUGGCUGCUGGGAGUGGCCAACCUCUAGCAGGGCAAACGGGGCAGUGGAGUGGAGGAAUGCAGAUGGGUGCUAGUUUUCCUCACCAACCCAUGCAAGGCAUGAAUAUGGGUAGUGGCGUGAUGCCAGGCGGGUUCCCAGCAAGUGGAGCCCAGCCGACUGUACAGCCUUCACAGCCCCCACAACCUGCUGGUUUUGACCCUUUUGGUGCCCUGUAACAGUCGAGGUUGGUGAUGAUAGAUGCAUAAUAUUUGGCAGUAAUGAAACAGAACAUGAGUCAUCAGUGUCACCACGUGUUCAGUGUUGUGGCUUCAUUCUUGUGCUCCUGACCUCAGGUUGUGUUGUCUGAGGUCAUUGGAGGUAUUAAAAAGUGUGCUAGUAGAGCUGAUUACUGUCUUCAUGCCAAAUGCAUGUUGUAUUUUUCACUUCAAAGUGUAGAAUCUGUGAUGUUUUAGGAUGAACUACAUUGUUGGAAUGUUGAGAAUUUCUAUGAUGGUAACAGAGAUCAUUCACCAAAAAAACAUAAUGUCCAGAUAAAAUCAUCCACAUGAACACAAGAUUAAAUCAUGCUGUCAUUACUGAGUUGCCUGGUGUCCAUUUCUUCAUGUAUAAUUGAUAUGUAAAAUGUUCCAGAUGAUAUACUGCCAUUUAUGAUUGAUUACCAUUUGUCCACUCAACAAACAUAAUUAUCAACUAGGCUUCUAGUGUAUAGCAUGGAAUUAAUAUUAAGUAAUAUACAAAGGUGUAUUAUAUCAAUUGUACAUUCCAGUGUCUGUAAGCCAAACGUUGAGCCUUGUGGGAUGUAGUGAAGUUGCUGUGUGGUGAAUCUUUUGUAUCAUAUUUAUUCUCCUUUACAUCAGCACAGUAUGACAUUCUGCUACUAGGGUGAAAGAACAUUUAUAUCAAAUUUUGUUGGCCAUGUGUGUAAUAAAAUGUCUCAUGACAAAGGAACUUGCUCAUAAUGGGCACUUGUAAUGCCUUCCAAUUGUCUGUCACAGUGCUAUAUAUAAAGAACAAAGAUCAACUGGCUGAAAAUAAAUCGAAAGAAGUUACAGUAAUAGACAUAGUUUUUAUUCAUCAAAAUUAUUACUGUACUGUAUUGGUGAAUUCCGAAACAAGUGAUACACGGGAAUCCUUGCGACUGUUGGCGAGAAAACUGACUUGGCUUUCGUGUACAGUAGAGGCAAGGCUGUGCAGAUCAC